UCUUGGUACUUUUAUUUUCCGUGCAGCUCAAAAUGCGGAAGUCAAACAUGAAGCUCUGAAGUUCUGACUACCUUAACGGUUGCUGUAGAGGCGAGUUUAUCAGGAUUUUUGUGUGAGACCCGACGUUGUAGUCUUAUCCAAUUAAUUCACAAAACCAUGUGGCCAAAUCAAGGUCCUCCUCCCCCUGUUGGUCCACCAAAUCCUGCCUUCCCCCCUGGCUACAACCCUGCAUGCCCCCCUGUUCCUCCACCCGGUGUUUUCCCCCAGGCUCCACCCCCAGCAUACCCAGCUGGUCAAUACCCAGCAGGGAUGAACCCAGCCAUGGGGCCAAUUGCACCUCCAGGGGUGAUGCCUUAUGGAGCUCCUGGACCUCAUCCUUAUCCUAUGGCUCCGGGUGGAUAUCCUGCUGUCCCUCCUGCAGGUGUUUACCCAGGUCCAUACCCACACUCUCCAAAAGGAGGUCACCAUAAAGGCCACCACAAAGGUCAUUAUCCAGGAGGGUUAAAUCCCAUGACUGGAGGAUUGGCAGGAAUGGGAAUGGGGCUGGUUGGACACAAAGCCAAUAAGAAGAUGAAGAAAAAGAUGAAGAAAGCACAUAAGGGGCACAAACACGGGCACCACACACAUGGCAAGUCCUCCAGCAGCAGUAGCAGCAGCAGCAGUAGUGACUGAGGCUUCCAGCUCAAUAUCUAGCCUUCCCAGAAAUGCUGCUUUCCAAAGGAGCAACCCAAUUAUUAACUAUAAACACACAAAAGUAAAUCUUAACUGUAUUUCAGCAGAAUUGCAAUGUUUCGUUAUACCUUGCAUUGUCUCUUUAUGACACUAAAAUUACAUGGACACAAGCUGUUGUUAAUAUCACAUAAAUCUAGUGUAAGUAUUCAACUUCAUUAGAAUGUUGUUUUUAUGAUCUAAAUGUACUGCAGUUUUGGCUUGAGUUUUUGUCUUAAUACUAAUCCAUACACUACUGUCUAAAUUUU